UGCGCAGUGUGCUGUACUUCCGGGUCCGGAGUGCAGUGGGCGUGGCCGACGCCCACAAGCGACGUUUCGUCUCGCCAACUCGGGUUCUCGCGCGUUCACAAAAAGUCGACAACGAGACAAUGACGCAGCAAGUGUCUGACCUCCCAAGCGGGCCGCUGGACAUCUACAGGCAAAAAGCUUCUUUCCCGUGGAAGGAGAUGCGUCUCUUCCUGGACGGAGAAGAGAUGAUGGCGUUGAAGCAACGUGUCUUCGCGGCGAUGGAGAACGACCCGCUUUUCUCCAGGACGCCGGGUGAAGACGUCCCUGUGGAGCGAAUGCGGGAGCUCACCUUCCUCAGGGUGAAGCAGCUGUUCCGCUACGACUUCCUGACCAACGAAGAGGCCGUGGCCGACCCGUGGAAGACGGUGAUCCUCAACGACUGCUUGGGAAUGUUCGACUGGUCCUUGGCGGCCAAGUUCUUCCUCAACAAAGGCAUGUUCGGGGCGACGGUCGCCACCGGCGGGUCGGCCCGACACGGCAAGUACGUGCACGGCGUCGAAGACAUGACGAUGUUCGGGUGCUUCGCGUUGACCGAGCUGAGUCACGGCAGCAACACCAGAGCCAUGAGGACCACCGCCACCUACCAGCCCUCCACCCAGGAGUUUGUCAUCAACUCUCCAGAUUUCGAGGCAGCCAAGUUUUGGGUGGGCAACCUGGGGAAGACGGCCACUCACGCGCUGGUGUUAGCGCAGCUCUACACGCCGGAUGGGGCCUGCCACGGCCUGCACACCUUCGUGGUCCCGGUGAGAGAUCCCAAGACGCUGCUGGCUCUGCCCGGUGUGCUGGUCGGAGAUAUGGGCAAGAAGUUGGGCCAAAACGGACUGGAUAACGGGUUUGCUUUGUUCCACAACGUGAGGAUCCCGCGGGAGAAUCUCCUGAACAAGACCGGCGACGUGACGCCCGCCGGUAAAUACGUGAGCCCUUUCCAGGACCCCGACAAGCGUUUCGGCGCGUCCCUGGGCGCCCUGUCCGGAGGCCGGGUGUCCAUUGCCAGGAUGGCCCUGGUCAACCUCAAGCUGGCCCUGACUGUGGCAGUACGCUUCUCCGCCACCAGGAGGCAGUUCGGGCCCAAGGACGGCGAGGAGCUUCCCGUCAUCGAGUACCAGUUGCAGCAAUGGCGUCUGAUUCCGUACCUGGCGGCAACGUACGCUCUGGAGCGUUUCUCCAAAUCCCUCUUCGACGACUUUGUGGAGCUUCGCGUGGGACAGAUGAUGGGGGAGCACGGCGACAGACAGGCCGAGCUGGGCAGGGAGAUCCACGCGCUGGCCUGCUCGGGCAAGGCCUCGGCCUCGUGGACGGCUCAGCGGGGAAUCCAGGAGUGCCGCGAGGCCUGUGGCGGUCACGGUUACCUGGCCAUGAACCGGCUGGGGAGUCUGCGCGACGACAACGACCCCAACUGCACCUACGAGGGGGACAACAACGUGCUACUGCAGCAAACCAGCAAUUACCUCCUGGCCUGGAUGGACGCCAAGCGACGCGACGGCGCGCGCAUCCGGUCUCCUCUUCACACGGUGGACUUCCUGGACCAUUUCCACAGGAUCCGAGAGAGCCGCUUCACAGCGCGCACGAUCGACGACUGCGCGGACUCCGCAGCGGCGCUGGCGGCCUACGAGUGGCUGGUGUGCUUCCUCCUGGAGGAGAGUCACAAGAGGAUGGAGCGGCACCGGACUUCGGGCCAAGACGACUUCGAGGCCCGCAACAACAGCCAGGUGUACUACUGCCGCGACCUGGCCUUGGCCUACGUCGAACGCUGCUGCCUCCUCAGGUUCCACGAGUGGACUCGGCGCGAGGACACGCCGAGACGACUGCGAGCCGUCCUCGGGAAGCUUUGUGCGCUUUACGGACUGUGGAGCCUCAGCGGCCACAUGGCCGCCCUCUACCAAGGUGCUUUCCUGAGCGGAAGGGAGCCGGGCCGCCUGAUCCAGACGGCCGUUCUUACUCUCUGCGCGCAGCUGAAGGACGACGCGGUGGCGCUGGCGGAUGCCGUGGCCCCCCCGGACUUCAUCCUCAACUCCCCCAUCGGCAACGCCGACGGACAGCUGUACAAGAACCUCUGGUCCACGGUGACGCAGGGGCACCGAGCGAUGGAGCGGCCGUCCUGGUGGAAAGAGUUCUGCUCCGACAAGCCCGCCGUGGGAUCUCUGCGGCCCAAACUCUAGACGCCGCGCGCCGGGCGAGCGGAGCUCCAGAGGUCCCAAAGUCCAAGUGGGCGAUCCGUCACGUCGCCGCUAAUGUUGCGCUACGGCCGUCGCGUCAUCCCAGCACAUCUGAAAAUCGAAUGCAUAUCAGCUUUUCUGCACUCGAUUGGUUGGGUGAAAUGAGGCGAUGACGUCAUUCAGCAAUACACGCAGAAUGCAUAUUAUCACUUACUCAUCAACGGCUUAUCAAUAAAGGGACCUCUUGAUCAAC